GUAAAUCCGUACUAGUCUUCAAAAAUCAUUUCAUCAGAAUAGAAGUAAUGUCUUGCUGCGGAGGAAACUGUGGCUGCGGCUCUGGUUGCAAGUGCGGCAACGGCUGUGGAGGAUGCAAGAUGUUCCCCGACAUAGUUGACGAGAGGACCACAACUGAGACUCUUGUUCUUGGCCUGGCACCCCAGAAAACGCACUUUGAGGGAUCUGAGAUGGGAGUUGGGGCUGAGAAUGGAUGCAAGUGUGGAGACAACUGCACCUGCAACCCCUGCAAUUGUAAAUGAGAUUAUGAAGAA